GUUUAGCCUUGAGCUGAGCCUUCCAAACUGUCAAGGUAAUAUAGAUAAGGUUAUACAAUGCGUCCUCGUUUGCGUAUAAUAGCUUGUAAGUGAAGUCGAUUCGAAAUAGCAAGGAAGCUGAGUAAAUACGAAGCACAUAGAUUGCUAAAGUACUAUUUGAAACACUUCAUUUCAUUGUACGAACUGUAACAAAUAUAUCUAUAACAGCUUGUUUAAUACUAACUAUUUUUGUAAGAAGAGAGCAAGCACUCUUCUACCGUCAUUCAUGAAAAGAACGUUUAUUCUUCCUGAACUAUUGCUUUUUAUGUACUUUUUUUUUCACGUCACAAAAUCCGCUUUACAUUUUGGGGAUUUGAAGUUCUGGGAUAUAUGUUGAGGUGUGUAGCGGCUGUCUUCUACUUAAUACUUUUUAGGGUUUUUGACUAAUUUAGUUACUCCAAUCUCAGUUAUAUCUAUUAUUCGAUAAAUAGUAUUCAGAACGACUUUAACAAUGUCCACAGUUACAAGAAGAAGAGUCGGGGGACAGAGCAGUAAUUCAGAAGAUGAACAUCAUACCAGCACAGAACCUGUGAGGAAUAGUCCGAUCCCAGAUAAAAAAAUUGCUUACGACCCUCGAGAUAUAGAUGAAAGCAAAUCGACACCUAAAUUAACACUAAUGGAAGAAGUUUUACUACUUGGUCUUAAAGAUAAACAAGGAUAUCUCUCGUUCUGGAAUGAUAGUAUCAGCUACGCACUACGCGGUUGCAUUGUGAUUGAAUUAGCUUUGAGAGGCAGAAUUGCCAUGGUCAGAGAUGCUAAUCGCCGAAGAUAUCCGCUUGCAGAUAGAUAUAUUGAGGUAGUCAACGAAAAUUUGACAGGUGAAGUUCUUUUGGACGAAGCAUUGAAGAUGAUGAAGACAAGUGAGAAGAUGAGUGUUUCCACUUGGAUUGAUUUAAUGAGUGGCGAGACCUGGAAUGUGAUGAAGAUUGGAUAUCAACUUAAACAAGUUCGAGAACGUUUAGCUAAAGGGCUAGUUGAUAAAGGUGUGCUUCGAACAGAAAAGCGCAACUUUUUGUUAUUUGAUAUGGCCACACAUCCUGUAGCAGAUCCUGCCGUAAAAGAAGAGAUUAUUAAAAGAGUAUGCACCAUGUUGGUAACCCGUGUAUCUCCAGCAGCUGUUGAUGCCCAAUCAGAUGUACCUCACGCCUAUGUUAGAACAGUCAGUAUGAUUUGCUCAGCGUACGCUGCUAAUGUUUUAGAAAAUGCGUUACUGUAUCUUCAGCCUGACCUCAGAGAACAAGCAUUCAACAAAGUCGAUGAAUUAAUGAACGAUUAUUCAUCAUGGCCGUUUACAGGAAGUAAUAGUAAGGUUGAAAUACCCUCCGGGACAGAACUUUCUUUGGAAGUUGUAGCUGGUGUCAUCAAUGUCCUGGCAAAGAUGGAUGCAAUCUUGUAAACUAGACUUCUGCUUCUCUCCAACUCUUUAUCAUAAUAUCUCUAUUCACAACAACAAGCACAUUGUCAUAUAUACACUUAAAUCGCGCUCUAAAAGACAAUAUGUGUCGUAUUAUAUGGACUUGAACCCUUCCAUUUUUAUUUUUUUUUUGGUUUUUUACAGUUCAGACACAAUCUAACAAUACAUACUCUGCAUUAAUUUAGAUAUUAUUACGGGUUAUAAAUGUGUAGUUUCGCAAACAAUAUAUAUAUACUUAGUUUAUUGUGGCCGUUCUAGUGAUGAUGAAUAUUCAUUGUGAAUUGUUCACUAUAAGAAACCAUGGCCUUACUGACUCCAACUUUGUUGGGAGCAUUAAAAAUCAAUUCAUGCGAGAAGUAAAAAAACUUGAGAAGUCACUUG